GAGCAGCCAACUCACGACGCUAUCAGCGCAACUUUUACUACAGCCACCACAGUUUUGCCUUUUCAACAUUUGCAACCUGUAAAUACCAGAGCAAGAUGUUACUCGAAGACCAGCGUUAUAUCCACGAGGACCUCGAGCGUCUCGAACAAGGCAUUGCCGAUCGCAUGAGCGAGGAGCCCAAACACAUUCGCGACCGUUUGAACCGAGACCAUGAGGUAGCGCAGCUGCUCGACCAAAUUCAAAGUCAAUCAGCCGAGCUUUUACCACUCUACGAUGACAAGACCGGACUUCGAUCGAAGGAGAUCCUGCAAAUCAGCACCGGCGACCCAUUCGAGGAGUUCUACCGCCAAGUAACGGGCGUCAAAGACCAUCAUGCACGAUACCCGAACGAGCAAGCCGAGAAUUCGGAGCAGUGGUAUCGGCCACAGAAAGGAGGGGAUGACCAGCCGUACAUCGUCGAGAGCAUGUUCUCAGGCGAGGAGGCAUAUGGCCGGUUUUUCGAUUUGCACAACUGCCACGACUCGUACUUGAACCUCCCGAACGCAAAACGCCUGGGGUACAUGCAGUAUCUUGAGGUCUUCGACAACUUCCAGCCGGGGUAUGGAGGAGUGAAGCGGGCAGACAAGUUGACGGAUCCAUACUUCAAGUACCUCGGCGAUCUCAUGGGGUAUCUGGAGUCGUUUAUGCGACGAACCCGGCCCUUGGAGAAUAUCGAUCAGGUACUGGAAGGCUGGCAGCGGGACUUCGAGGCAGCGUGGGAGAAGCGCGAGGUCCAAGGGUGGCAAACAGACAAGGCGGCGCAAGCCGGAGCGGCCGAGCGAACUCUGAGCACACCCGAUGCUGUCUGGUGCGACGCCUGCGAGAAAGAGUUCAAGAACGACAAUGUUUACAAGGGCCAUCUGAAAGGUCGAAAACACGUCAAGGCAGCGGAGCUUUUGGCGCAGGAGCAAGGGUCGCAGGACGGCAACGCAAACGGCAAGCGCACCGACUCCGCGCAGGAGUUAAAAGAGCGGGCAGUUGCGGAGAGGGAAUUCCGUGUCAAGAAACUAACGGGCGCCAUGAACAUUGAGAAGGACGACACGCGGGUGAACGUGGAGCGCCGACAGGGCAUGACGGAGCGAGAACGGGCCCAGGAGCUGGAAAACCUUUACAACAUGACGUCUGGGGGACAGAAUAAGGAGGAGGAAGAGGAGGAGCAAGAUGAGGGCGACGACAAGCUUUACAACCCUCUGAAGCUACCCCUCGCGUGGGACGGCAAGCCGAUCCCGUUCUGGUUGUAUAGGCUCCAUGGGCUGGGCCAAGAGUUCCCUUGUGAGGUUUGCGGCAACUUCGUCUACCGCGGCCGGCGUGCCUUUGACAAGCACUUCAACGAAACCAACCACAUCACGAACCUGAAGCGUCUCGGUAUCACGGACACGUACCUGUUCCGGGAUAUCACAUCGAUCGCCGAGGCGGUUCGCCUCUGGGACAAGAUUCAGCGAGACCAGAACAGGGGACAGAUAGAUGACGGGGCGGUGGUGCAGAUGGAGGAUGCCGAGGGCAAUGUGAUGCCGGAGAAGGUGUAUCUCGAUUUGCAGAAGCAGGGGCUGUUGUAA